AUGCGUGUCCUUAUAGUCUUAAUUUCCUGCGCUAUUGCUGCCGCGGUGCCCAGCUGUCCUAACAUUCGCGUGAUCAUCGAUACGAACUUGGCUUCUGGAACUUGGUACGAGUUCCAACGCAGUGAUAAUAAUUUGAUUUCUAAUGGAACAUGUACGACUGUAAUUUUUCAUCAACCUGACGAGUGCAUUUGCAGAAUGGUUUACUGUGAUGAUCAAAUGGCCGAAAAAACAUUACUUGCAGAAAUUGUUCCGAAGCGUAGCGAUGUUUUUUAUUAUCGAUUUCCUUUAAUUGACAUUUUUGACAAAGAGUAUUAUAUUAUUGACACGGAUUACAUCAAUUAUACGGUUCUGAUGAGUUGUGAUCAAAAUUAUGGGAUUCCAAAAUUUGUGGUGGUAACCCGAAAUCCGUACCCAGAUGACGAAACUAUCAAGAAAAUACUUCAAUCAUUCCCAAAAAGACGACUCAACACUCCAAACUUGGUGGCGAUCAAUAACGAAGAUUGUGGAAAAUUUUGA